CAUUGAAAUACUGGCGCGCUUAUGAAUAGGGUUCGUAUUUUGCUGCUGGGAGAUACUGAGUUGUGUUGUCAAGCGUUGUAUUUUGUUUCAAAGAUUUUUCAUUUACUAAUGACGCAACUCGAUGGAUAACACAGGGCGGAAUGAGUUUAUUUCACUUAUUUAAGUGUAUUGAAAUAUUCGAAGAUCUUAGAGUCGUGAAUUUUCCUCUCCUACGAUCAAAAGUGGACGUGGAUGCUAAAAACAUAAAUACACAAGGACAUUUAGAACCCCGUGAAAAGCUACAAACAUUUAUCUAUGAUCCGUGUAACUUGUUAGAAGACCUAGAGUGUUGUCAUUACAAUUAUCGCUUUUUCCAACCGGAUUAUAUUCAAAAUAUUAUUACUAAUCUAAUCAUCACAACCACAAGAUAGUUACUAAUACCAACACACCGUCCAUCUGUUAGGCAUGGCCAAUGUGGAAGAUUUGGUGAUUCAUUUUAACUAUGGGGAAGGGAAUCAAAAGCAGUUUUACCUUCCAGGAGAAACCAUCCACGGAACAGCUGUCCUUCAUCUCCGGGGAUCUCUUCGGGUUCAUAACAUCACUAUGUACAUACAGGGGACAGGAUCCGUUAACUGGGAAGUCCCCAAGAAGAAAAAGACAUACAUUGCAAAAGAAAUCUAUGUGGAAAGCUCGAAGCUUCUCCUGGACAGUGGUUUUGGCGGUACCAUCAAUCUGGGCCGAGGGGCUCACGAAUUUGCCUUCGACUAUGAGCUUCCUAACGACAUACCGUCGUCCUUCCAAGGCGUCUAUGGAAGCGUCAUCUACCUCCUGAAGGUCGUCGUGGAACCGGAAGACGAGCGACAGUCUACGAUCAGCAGCGAGCCCUUCCUAGUUCUGAGACGUCCUCCUCUUCCAGAGAGUCUUUACAAGGAGACGAAGCUCAAGAAAAGCAAAACGUUUCUUAAUAUGUGCAUGGCUGGGGACAUAAAGGCCGAUGUUAAGCUGAACAAGGUUGCUGGUAUUCCUGGAGAAAACCUCUUGGUGAACGCUGAAGUGACCAACUGGAGCGCAAGAGAGAUAUCCCUGAUUCAGGCCACGCUAGUCAUGACGAGCACCUACUACGCCAGAGGAAGCCAGAUCGUCUUUAAUCAGAUCAUCAGCAAGAGGAACGACACGUUUGACGUCCCGCAACUCAAGGGAAGACGCUGGCGCCGAGUCAAGAUGGCCGUGCCUCCGUAUAUCCCGGAUUCCGGACUCGAGUUCUGCAAAAUUAUGGACGUGGACUACACGUUUCAGUUCAGGGUGGUGCUCGGGGGAAAAAAUGGCCACGACCUCAUCAUAGAGACGCCCAUCACUGUCGGGGGGCACCCGGUGGGCUACGCGCCAGAGUCGGACGCUUGGAGUCGGUUGUCGUUUCCGCUUUACGCCGGAAAUCAGAGUCUCACAGAAAGUGUGGAUGGAGACCUAUUUGACCUCAGAUAGUUCAGAAUGUAAACAGAUACAGCAGACAUGACUGGUUUUCAUCAUAUACUAUCCUGCACAUUCAUUUAACGCUAGACUGAUUUUGUUCUUUAUUCUGCUUUGGGGGUUUUGGUGGGGGUUUUUGUGGUUUUUCAAUUGUAUAGGGGUUUUUUUAAUUGUAUUUUUUUAAAUUAUUAUUUAAUUGUUUAAAAUAUUGUUUUGGU